AUGUCAUCAGCGAAUCAUAUAGACAAAGUGAAAACUUAUCUACUGGCAGCAAGUGGACGACGAACUAUACGAAAUACACCAUGGAUAGAUGAUGUGCCAUCGGAAAGUUUUACUUUACCGAAAUAUGAAGUUGAAAUUCUCGAUAAAGUCAAACAUGAAAAUACAGUUGCCUGUUUGCAUAGUAACGCAUCGAAGAAUUUUCUUAUCAUUAAUGUUAUACGAGAAUAUUCCUACGGCAUUCAACGAAAAUUUGACGAAGGCGGUCAACGUAUCAUUUGUUUAACAAUGGAACAAGAUCCGGUCGCACUGGCCGAAAUGAUUCAUCGCCAUUUGCCAGUCGAUGUCGGUUCAUUUGGUAUUGAACAUGGUGUGCUACUUUGGAAAAAAGAUCAAUGGUUACAAGAAAUGCAAAUACGGAACGUAUUUGUUAUGCAUCCGGCUGUCUUUCACGAAUUAUUAAAUCGAAAUUAUAUAGAAUUUUCACAUAUCAAGUUAUUGAUUCUUGACGAAUGUCACCAAGCUAUUCGUGAUCAUGCCUAUGGUUCAAUUUUGAGACAGUAUAAAACACUUUGGGAGAGAAAUGAAACAAAAAAUCAGUUACCUCGACUGUUUUCCAUUACGAUGGCAUUGCUCAAAACGCAUUGCACUUCGAUACAGUUGGAAGAACGCAUCGAGAACUUACAUCAAUUCUUUUGUUCAACGAUUUUUACAGCAACUGAUCUGAUUUCUCGUCCAACCAAUCGAGUAUCGAAAAUACCAAAGGAAACAAUUGUCGUCUGUGAAAAAGGUAAUCACCAACAGCCGGAAAUUACCAAAGAAAUCAUUCAGGAACUUCAAGCCGCUCUUGAAUAUAUCAACAAAUUAGAAGCACCGACAGUGUCUUCUUCGACUCAUUCCGACGAGAAUUCAUCGCCGUUGACGAUUCCUCGGCAAGUGCUGACUGAAUGUUUACGUCUCGUGGAUAAAUUAGGCAUCUGGGCAUUGCUUCGUUCGUCAUUACCAAUUAUUACUCAAUUAGAACGUCUUUCAAGUAUUGCUGUUGAACAAAGUUCUGUCUCAUCUAUUUCGGCCUUUUCGACUUCCGCAACAUCUCAAUUGUCACUUUCAUCACCGCGUGCGUAUUCACUAUUUCUUGAUUGGAUUUGUACAUUACUUCGUCUUUGGCGAUCGCGAAUCAAAACUGCACUGGAAGCAUUAAAUUCGCAGACAUUGAUUGAACAGUAUACAACACCAAAGCUACGUUCAUUGUUUGACAUUCUAAAACGCUUUCAAGCAGAUGCAACCAAUGCAUCAAAUCGUCGAUGGUCCGCACUCAUAUUUGUUGAUCGCAAACAAGAAACCGCUGUUUUAAAUGCAAUAUUAAAAGAUGCAGCAAAACGUUUUGCUGAUGAGUAUUCAUUUAUUCGACCUAACUUUCUAGUCGGAUAUUCCACUAUGCAACCGACAGAUGAUCCAUCAACUAGUCAGCAUAUUCAACCGAUGGACAGUCGCAAACAGGAGGAAGUGAUGCGCAAAUUUCGUCUUGGGGAAAAUAAUGUUAUAGUUGCUUUGAGUUCCCUCGAAGAAUUGAAAGAUAUUCCUGAUUGCAAUUUAGUUAUUCGAUUUAAUGUACCAACAAAUUACCGAUCUUACGUGCAAUCAAAAGGCAAAGCACGAGCACAAACGCCGCAUUUCUUUAUGCUUGCCGAACAAGAAGAGUAUGACACGUUCUUAGCCAAUCUCAAUUCAUUUAAAGGUAUCGAACAAGUUUUAAUGAAAGAAUUUCAUGAAAUCAAUAAUCCACUCCCAUCGAGCAACAUCGAUCGAGAACGAUCACCCAAUGCGAUCGAAGUUAUCAACAGAUAUUGUGCUCGACUUCCAUGUGAUGCAUUGACAACAUUGGUUCCAUCAUGUAAAAUCAAGAAAUACGAUGACAAGCAGUACCAAUGCAUUCUUUCCUUGCCUGUCAACUCACCAGCUAGAACGACGAUUACCGGUCCAAUACGUUCAACAGUACGACAAGCAAAACUCUCUACAGCCAAACGUCUAUGUGAACAUCUUUUGCAAGCCGGGGAACUAAAUGAACAUCUAUUGCCCGAAACUCGUGAACAAUUUUAUCUUCGUCAUUCGAUUAUUGAUGACGAAGAUAUCGCUGAAUGGGGUUCGUAUGUUGAUCCGAAUCCGAAACCAGGUUCUGUUCAGCGUAAACAACUUUACAAUAAAGCCAUCGCGCCAGAACCACUCUCAACUGAGAAGUCAUCUGAAUUCUUUGUCUAUUGUAUCAAUGGAGAAUUGACAACACCAUUGACUCAACACAAUGAACAACAGAAGCUAACAAACACCUAUACAAAUCAAUCAAAUUCAAAUCGAAUUGGUAUUCUCUCUGCAAAUUAUCUUCUCGAAAUUCCAGCAUUUUCAUUAUUUUCUCGUGCCGGCGAAGAAACUUAUAAUCUCGAUAGAAUUAUGAAAAAUGUUCGCUUCACAUCUGAUGAGUACCGCAUGUUACAAACAGUUCACUACUAUUUAUUUUCUUCCAUACUCGGUUUUGACCGUCCAUUAGUGAACUUCAAUCCUGAACAAUCACAUUCUCAUCUCAUUCUCAUUUUAUUGAAAAAAGACUCCUCGGGCUCAUAUUCCAUCGAUUGGAAAUUAACAAAAGAUAUCAUUUCUUUCAUUCAAUCGAUGUAUUUACAAAAAUACACACUAGACAAUCCCUACGUGUUCAACGCCGAUGAUUUCAAUCAAACAUGUAUUGUUUUACCAUCGUACCGUCGUUCCACACAACCACAGUACUAUGUAGUGAAUUCGAUUGAUACGAACAAAAACCCGCUCUCACCAUUUCCAUCGAUAUCAACGAUCUAUGAUACAUUCUCGUCUUACUACGAAAUUAAAUACGAAUUGCGUCUAACGAAUAAAAGUCAACCAUUGUUAUGCGUUUCACAUACGUCUCAUCGCCUCAAUCAGCUGAUCCCACGGUACAUGAAUUUCAAAAUGAUGAAGUCAAGUACAGCAUCGAAUAAUCGAAACGCCAAUCGGCCUAAUCAACAUACGAAAACCAAUGGAACGUCACAUCAUCACCACCAUCAAGGUGUUUUCUUAAUCCCCGAAUUGGUGAUCAUUCAUCCAGUUAACGCACAGUUAUGGCAAGGAAUCAUCGCGCUACCGAGUAUGCUCUACCGUAUCAAUUGUUUGAUCUUAGUAGAACAAUUGAGACGAACAGUGGCAUUAGAAACAGGUGUGGGAGCUGCUUGGGCACCGGAAGAUGGACAAUUUGAUAGAUUAACGUUCGAUUGGGACGAGAAGAAAGAAGCGCAGUUUUCAGCUCUAUUGGAUAAUAACGAUGCAUUUUUCACCGAUGAACCGAUAGAUCCCAAUUGGAAUUUUGAAAUCAGCGUCUGGAAUGAAAAUGACAUUCAUAGUUGGACAAACGAUUCUGCAUGGCUUGAAGCAAAAGAUCGAUGUAUAAUGAUCAAUGCUGCAGAUUUCGAAGAUGGUGACUUUGAUGACGAUAUCGAUCUCGAUGAUGACGAAGAAGAGGAUCUUCCUCAUACUACUUCUGUUCCUACUUUUGCGUCCGCCCUGUUGCAAAAUAAUAAUCAGUCGACGUCAACAUGGUCAACAACUCCUAAGAAACAAUUGAACGAAUCAUCAUCGUUAGACGAUGAUGACGAUGAAGAGGAUGAAGAAGACGACGAAGAGAAGAAGCCAACUGAUCCUUCGUUAUCAUCAACUAAUAAGAAACAGGAGAAGAAACUUGGCACUGACACUAAGGUGACUAAUUAUCAUAUUGAUUUACCACGUUUGCAUGAAGAUUUAAAAACCAAAUCAAAAAAGUUUCUUUCGAAACUCAUGGCUAGCACUCAGCCAACUACUAAUUCUUGUAAAUCAGAAGAAGUCGACGUAUUCUCUUCGUUGGAUACGCCAAUAACUAAUUCGAAGAACUUUGUCGAAGAGAAAUCCAAUUAUUUGACAAAUGUACAGAUCGAAGAACCCACUCGUGUUCCAUGUCCACCAGUCACUUUUUCGUCUUCGGUGAUUCAUUUUGAACCUACGCCAUUCGUCAAACGACUACUUAACAUCGAAGAGGUUAUACAUGACGAUGAGAAUGAGGAACCGCCACCACCAUUGCAACAGCAGCAGCAACGACAUGAACCAGUUCAAUCAUCAAUAGCUCUUCCAUCAGCCCAAUCAGAGAUUAUUUUCGUCGAGAAUGGAUACGAUAGUGGUAUUAUCGACGAUUUCUCGGAGCCAUUGAAUAUCAAUCUAGAUUUUGAAUAUCUCCCUGAAUCUCAUCCUGGUCCAUCGCCAGCUUUACUCUUACAAGCGCUGACAUUAUCGAAUGCAGGUGAUGGAUUCGACCUUGAACGUUUGGAAACCGUUGGAGAUUCGUUUCUCAAACAGGCAGUCACAGUCUAUAUCUAUUGCACGUAUACACAAGUUCAUGAAGGCAAACUAAGUUUCUUUCGUUCGAAAAUCGUUUCCAAUUACAAUUUAUACAAACUCGGUAAACGAAAAGGAAUCGGUGAAUACCUCAUCAGUACAAAAUUUGAACCGUUCGAAAACUGGGUUCCGCCUCUGUUUACAUCAGGAUCACCAACUGAGUAUGGCUUGCUAUCAAGUUCAGGCGUAGAAUUAUGGACAAAGUCUGAAUCAACAACAAAUGUCGACUGGAUUGAACUACAAGAACGCCGUGAACAACGAAGAUUAGCGAAAUUAAAUCCGCAAUCAUCAUCAUCAUCAUCGCCAGUUGCUCCUACGCCAUUCAAUACAAUUUUAAAUAAUCUGACGAAACCGAUAUUUCCAACAACAACAUCAAUUAAUGAACAACAAUGGACGCCAUCGUAUGACCGACGCACUCAGCAUUUAAUCUCAGAUAAAAGUAUUGCUGAUGCAGUUGAAGCAUUGAUUGGUGCUUAUCUUAUCGCCAGUGGUCCGAAGGCAGCUUUGCGAUUUAUGGCAUGGCUUGGUGUUCGAAUAUUUCCUAGGCUUCGUCUCGAGGAUGGAACGGAAAUGACCGGUGAACUUCCCCCAUUACCCUCACCAGUCGAUUACACUAACCCAUCGGUUCUAUCGACCAUUCAAUCGUAUGACUUUGAUCGAUUCGAAAAGCUAAUUGGCUACCGCUUUCAUCAGCGUGCUUAUCUCAUUCAAGCCUUCACUCAUGCAUCCUAUUCUUACAACAUGAUUACAGAUUGUUAUCAACGUUUAGAAUUUCUUGGUGACGCUGUUCUUGACUAUGUCAUAACUCGUUAUUUAUACGAACAUCCUAAACGACACUCACCCGGUGAAUUAACUGAUCUUCGUUCCGCGCUAGUCAAUAAUAACAUCUUUGCGUAUAUCGCCGUUAAAUAUGACUUUCAUAAAUACUUCCGUUGCCAUUCCAAUGAACUAUUUUCAUUAAUCGAUAAGUUUGUUCAAGCACAAAAGGACAAGUCAUCAUGGUGUGGCUUCGAUGAAUGCAAUUUAGGUGACGACGAUGACGAGAAUGAUGAGUUCUUUUAUUACGAUUUCUUAACAUCGUCCGCAUCGAAUAACAAAGAUACGUACAGUCAUGCUAUGGCAUCGUCAUCCAUAGAUGAUGAACAUCUAUCGAAUUCCCAUGAAGAACAAGACGAUGACACGACAAUCAAUGAGCCUGACGAAUGGGAAGAAACAGAAGUGCCCAAAUGUCUUGGUGAUAUAUUUGAAUCAGUUGCCGGUGCCAUUUUUCUCGAUUCGAAUAAAUCAUUCAAUACAGUAUGGAAGAUCUACUAUCGAAUGUUAAAACCUUUCAUAGAAAAGUUUACGACGAAAGUUCCGAAGUCACCGAUACGUGAAUUGCUCGAAUUAGAACCGGAAACCGUUAAAUUCGAAAAGCCUGAACGAUUACUUGACGGUCGAAUACGUGUAACCGUGGAAAUUAUCAGUAAGGGACGUUUUAAAGGCGUCGGACGAAAUUAUCGUAUCGCAAAGAAUGCAGCAGCAAAAUGUGCUCUGAAGAAUCUACGUCGUUUGGAUUAA